UGGUUCCACAAAAGAUGCUCUGAUGGAUGACAGCGGAACUCCUACAGAUAAUCUGCAGAUAGAGUCACAAGAUGGGUGUCAUCCCGGUGACAGCGUGGGAAGCAUAGGGACACGCUUGCCUUCUGCCUCGGAUGAAAAUGAAAAUCAGCUGGAUGGGGAUGGGUACGAGUGUCUGAGCAGUGGUGCCGGCGCCAUGGGCCAGCCUGAUGUGCUUGCCCAGGACAGUCUCAACAAUAAUGAAAACUGCCCACCCAGCAGUGAGGUGGCCGUGUGCGAGAGCUCGGAAAACACUUCUUGUGAAAGCCCCAAGGAUGGGCAGGCCCUCAUGGGAAAGGACAAAAAAAUACCUGGAAAAAGAAGCCCGAGAGCCAAAAGAGGCACAACUAAGAAGAUACCACAAGGACUUUGUUCAGGAGAUGCUACACCUUUGAUGCGAGAAAAUACACUAAGUACAUCCACACAUGCUGUGAGUGAUGAAGAGUCCGCAGAAGUAAACGCUAACGAUCAACCCGAAGCCCCAAAGCAAGUUCUUCAGUAUCUGUUCUCACUUAUACGAGGGGAAGUUGAGCAGUUGGAUUCCAGAGCACUCCCCCUCUGCCUUCACCAGAUAGCAGAGUCCUAUUUCCAGGAGGAGGACUAUGAGAAAGCAAUGAAAUUCAUUCAGCUUGAACGACUGUAUCAUGAGAAAUUGCUUGCAAAUCUCUCUGCCAUUCAAGAAGAGUGGGAAACAAAAUGGAAAACUGUACAACCACAUACAGUUACAUCUCUAAGGAAUUCGGAAAAAGGAUUUAAUGGUGAAGAUUUUGAAUGGCUCACUAAGUUUUGCACAACACACCAAGAUCCUCUUUUAUCCAAACAUAAGGUAGCAGCUGUAGAAAAGCCUCUGGGAGGGAAAUGCUUUACACAGUUAAUAGUUUCUGAGGACCCGAGGGAAGGAGGAGCCACAGCCGAAGAGCCGGAAAGUGGAAGUUGUCUUGGCCCCGAGCCAAGGGGAGAAAGCCAGCGUCAAGAGAGAAGCCAGGAGAGCAGCCCGGGCUGUCACCCGAUGGACAGGCAGGCCGAGCCCCCGAGCCUGCUGGUAACUGCGGGGAAGCGCCACACGGAGGAGCCGCUGUGCGGUGCGGCGGCCGCGCGGGAGCUGCACGCCCCGCCCUGGCCCUCGGCCGGGAGCCGCUCGGAGGACGCCUGUGAGGAUGACAGCCGCCCGCAGCGGCCUCAGACGGAGGCCUGCCGCGAUGUGGCCGCAGCCGGAGGCCCCGCCGCAGCCCCCGCCGCAGCUCCCGCGGCGUUGCUCCCCAGCGAGUCCAUGCUAGAGCCGUUGACCUCACCCGGCUCUGACCUCUUAGCUCCGGCGCCCGCCUCCGAGGGACAAUAUUCCCAGACUCAAAGAAAGGGACUCCGUUUGCCACUUAAGGAUGCUUCUGAGGCGUUGCCCACGGACCGCCUUGAGAACAGUGACUUCAGUGAGCUGCAGCAACCUGAUCUCACAGACAGCGAUGGAAAAUCACCACGCGGGCCGCCGGACCCAGAGCGCUCCGAGAGGGCACUUCGUGAGAGUAAUCAAGUGUCUGACUUAAGUGCGGCGCGUCCAGAGGUGUGUAUGGCCCCCGAGGAGAGGGGGGGUGAGGACAAGCACGUCAGUAAAGAGACGGAAGACUAUUUGAACAGCCUGUUGGAAGGAUGCUUAAAAGAGACUGAAGGCUCCCUGUCAUGUGAAGACAACCAGGAGGAAGACUCGGACCUUCUUCCAGAUCUUUCUCCUGAAGAAGCCUCCUACAGUCUGCAGGAGGAUCUGCCUUCCGACGAGAGCUGUCUUUCUCUUGAUGAUCUCGCAAAAAGGAUAGAGAUUGCAGAGGUUGUCCCUGCAGAAGGACUGGUCUCUAUAUUAAAGAAGAGGAACGAGGGUGUAGGAGACCAUCCUGCCCAGAUGCAGCAGAAACCAUCGAAACGAAGAGUGAGGUUCCAGGAGAUUGAUGAUGACUUAGAUCAAGAUGAAGUUGGAGGUGGUUCCUGUAUUUUACUGGUCUUGCUGUGCAUAGCAACGGUUUUCCUGAGUGUCGGAGGAACCGCAUUGUACUGCACUUUUGGCGACAUGGAGUCGCCCGUUUGUACAGACUUUGCGGAUAACAUGGACUUCUAUUACACUAAGUUACUGCAGGGAAUGGUGGAACUGAAACACUGGGUCUACCUCUCCUAGCAGCACUCAAGAGGCACAGGCAUGCUGGCAGUGAGAAUCAAAGAGUGAAACUUUCUAAACGGCUUUUAUUUUCAGAGUUCUAUAACAUGCAUCCCCUCCCCCCAGCAAGGAGCCCUGGACUUCCAGAAAUGGCAGCUUGAAAUGGUAAUCCAGAGGAGCUCUCAGAAUAACCCUGAGCAUUGUGGAUGGAAGGAAUGGUCUUUGGAGAGCACAUCCACCCACUCCGUGCUACUUCCUAGGGGAGCGAGCUACGCCCAGCAGAAUCUCAAGGGCAUUGUUGGAGCUCCACCAUUUUUAGCUGCCUUGUCAAGCUAAUGGUUAAAGGACACUUGGUUUACAUUUGUUGGUCCAAAGACAUUGCUUCCAGCCAUCAUGCAAUAAGUUUGUGUAUAAUCAAAAGGAGUUACCUUACGGAUUCAUUGUCUUUUUUUAGUUAACCUUGGGAACUGUGUAAUUUAGGCUUUGUGCAUUAUUUCCAGAUUCUGUUCUUCAUCUGUGAAAUGAUUGUG